AUGGCCACAAAAGCCACUGGCUCUAAGAAAUACCUCCAGCUGCUCCUUUUUCAGGUCGCUCUUCUAGGGCCUGUCUUCUGCGGGAAUGUGUUGGUCUGGCCAACGGAAGGCAGCCACUGGCUGAACGUGAAGGUAGUUAUACAGGAGCUCAUCCGCCGCAGGCACGGUGUUACCAUCCUGGUAUCCAACGCUUCCCUCUUCAUUAAACCCAGGGCUGAGGCCACGGAGAAGUUUGAGGUCUAUAAUGUGCCCUUCAAGAAAGACACCGUUGAGAACACGAUUGAGGAUUUAGUGGCACUGUGGCUGAAUAACAGGCCAACCAUCUUGACCUUCUGGCAGUUUUACAAGGAGCUGGGAAAACUGUCCAAAAAAUGGCAGCAGAUGAAUAGGCUAAUGUGUGACGCAGUGCUAACCAACCGAGAGCUGAUGGCCCGCCUGCAGGGGUCUAGCUAUGACCUGCUGCUGUCAGACCCAGUGACCCUCUGCGGGGACCUCCUGGCUCUCAAGCUGGCUGUCCCCUUCAUCUACUCGCUGCGCUUCUCCCCGGCCUCCACCCUGGAGAGGCACUGCGGCAAGAUCCCAGCCCCACCGUCCUACACACCCGCAGCCCUGUCCGAGCUCACUGACUGCAUGUCCUUUGGCGAGAGAAUAAAAAACAUCAUGUCUUACCACCUGCAAGACUACAUUUUCCAGAGCUACUGGGGAGAAUGGGAUAUCUACUAUAGCAAGGUCUUAGGAAGGCCUACAACCCUGUGUGAGACAAUGGGAAAAGCAGAGAUAUGGUUAAUCAGAACAUACUGGGAUUUUGAAUUUCCACGUCCUUUCCUGCCCAACUUUGAGUUCGUUGGAGGACUUCAUUGCCAGCCUGCAAAGCCAUUACCACAGGAAAUGGAAGAAUUUGUUCAGAGCUCAGGGGAACAUGGCAUUGUGGUAUUCUCUCUCGGGUCGAUGGUCCACAACCUAACUGAUGAGAAAAGUAAUGUGAUUGCCAGAGCCCUCAGCCAGCUUCCACAAAAGGUCCUCUGGCGGUACAAAGGAAAAAAACCAGAAACUCUGGGCUCCAACACCAGGAUUUAUGACUGGAUACCCCAAAAUGACCUGCUUGGCCAUCCCUUGACAAAGGCCUUUAUUACUCAUGGUGGGACCAACGGGAUCUAUGAAGCUAUCUACCACGGGAUCCCGAUGGUUGGGAUUCCCAUGUUUGCCGACCAGCACGACAACAUUGCUCGCAUGAGGGCAAAGGGAGCUGCAGUUGAGCUGGAUUUCAGCACACUGAAGACGCAGGACCUAGCUGAUGCACUGAAUACAGUCAUUAACAAUUCCACCUAUAAGGAAAAUGCUCUAAGGUUAUCCAAGAUACACCAUGACCAGCCAGUUAAGCCUCUGGACAGAGCUGUCUUCUGGAUUGAAUUUGUCAUGCGUCACAAAGGAGCAAAGCACUUGAGACCAGCUGCUCACCAUCUCACCUGGUACCAGUACCACUGCCUGGAUGUUCUGGCAUUCUUGUUCACCUGUACAGCCACUGCUGUCUUCAUUCUUGUCAAGUGCUGCUUAUUUUGCUGCAGGAGAUGUGGCAGGAUUGCAAAGAGGAAGAAAGACUAG